CCACCCCCACCCCCCCGGCCCGGGACGGGCCAAAGCGAAACCGAAAGCGGCGCCGCGGGGCCGGGGCAGCCCCGCCAUGAGCCGCCGCGGGGGCUCCGCCGCAGCCUGUUGCCUCCUCUGCAUCGGACUCGUGGGGAACCUAAAUGGAAUCGCUACAGCGGGCCCAGGUUUCAGCAGGCAGCUUCCCUGCGUGUUUGAGACGAGCAAGUUCAUUCCCUUGUCAAAAGAGACCGAGAUCAUCAGGCUCAACGUGCGGCUCCUGCUGAGCGGGACGGGAUCAAAAGGUGGCCAAAGGCCUCAGCCAGAAAACCUUCCUCCAGACAAAAUCCCCUCAUUUAUUGUGCAAGAGUCCUCAGCGGAUAUUCUUCCGUACGCCAAUGAGGAUAUCGAGAUGCUUGACUGUAGGAUCAGCCCUUACUAUACAGCGGGCACCCAGAUCGUCUGGCCUGGGAGGGACAUCAGAGCCAGCAGUUCCGACGCCUGGUUCACGUGCACCAUAACACACACAGCGGGGAAAUACACCACUACGGUCUUCCUUGUGCAGGAGCGGAAAGAAAAAGAGGACCCAAAUCCUGGACAGCUUCUCCCAGGCAUUGGAGAGCAACUGCAUGUUUCAGCCCCACUGCUGGUGCACAGCUCGCCCACCCUCCGCCGCUCCGGGCUGGCCCAGGACGUCUGGCUGCACUGCGCCUUCUCCACCGCACACCGGGCAGAGGCCACCGUCCAGUGGGUGCUGCAGCAGAAAGGGGGGCACCGAAAGCGCCUGAUGGCUUACAGCGGGUCCAGCAAGCGGGUGGAAGGCCUGGCUGGGCGAGCUGAGAUGGUCCUGGAGGAAAUCCCCAAAGGAAACGCCUCCCUGUUGCUGAGAAAUACAGAAGUGAGAGAUGAAGGAACCUACUCGUGCUCGGUGUCAGUGGCCUCGCUCACUGCGGAACAGGCGAUCCAGCUGCAAAUAGAAGAAAAACCCACAGUGACCGUCAACGUUAACUCCCUGUCGCUGGUGGAAGGAGAGCAGCACAAGCUGGUCUGCAAUAUCAGGCACUACUACCCACACGACAUCCAGGUCCAGUGGCUCCGGGAGCCGAAGGACUCCUGGAAGGUCCCCGAUGUCGUGAAGAACGUUCUUUCCAGCAGCCACCGGCAGAGCAGCAAUGGCACCUACAGCUCCUCCAGAUACUUCCUGCUCACGGCGUCCCUGAGGGACAAUGGCCAUCGGUACACGUGCCGGGUAGACCACCCGAGCCUGCGGUCCCCCAUCAGGAGAAGCGUGACUGUGGAGGUGAGAGAAGCCACCUCCUCCGCCUGGCUGCUGCUGCUGCUCCUUGGCCUGGCCGUGAGCCUCCUGGGCGCCCUUUGGUACCAUCACAGAGUGAGGAGCACUGCUAAGACCAAACCUUACUAGAGACGGGACCUCCGGUGCCUGCCAGGUUGAGCACAUAAAGCUGUCAUGAGCAUAUCCCAAGAGCAAUCAGUGGAGGUAGCCAGCAAAGGACCUCUUUGUACCAGGCACGGCAUGUCGUCCUUGGCCAAAAAUAGGCUAAGAGUGGGAGGAAAGAACCCAUAUCCCUGUCUGACAUGUGGAAAAUGUCAAAGGUUGCUCAGUGUCGGGGUAGGCUCCGCUCCUCUCCUGAUUUCGGAGGACGGGGGAUGCUCAGAGCUCUCCUGUAACUGCUGGCUGUGUGCUCCGAAGGUGGCGAGCUGCUUCCUCCAUGGCUGGUGUGGCUGGUCCAGACCACCCCAGAUGGCUCACCCAAAGUCUUUUGUUCUCCCGAUUUAUGAAGGCCAGUCUGGCACUUCACUGAUGACCUGGAAAGUCAUGGAAAUUGCUCAGUUGCCAUAUAUUUAAAUUCUGGCAGGAAGCAACCACAAACCCAGCCAGUCCGGUUGGAUCUUUUGGAAGAGCCAAAUUGCCUGAGCAGUGUACGUUUCCAUCUUUUUUUCCGAUAACAUGCUUGGAUUUUAGAAUAUUUUCUUAUCAAAAAUGAACCCCAGUUGGCUAAUUUUGACAAAGGGAUACAAUUCUCAGAUAUAGUGAAGUUCCUGGCAAGAGCAUUUGUUUUCUUUGAAACAGAAGUCCAUGCAGAGGAAGAAGGCCUUGGCACGGGAAAGGAUACAGCCUGGCUCGGGUGUUGUCACAGGGUGAGGGGAGAAAAGAGCUGACCAAUGAAGGGGAAAAAAAAGUGAUAAAAAGACGGAUGUGUUUAUUCUGAUUCAACAAAAAAAAAAAAAAAAAAGCAUGGGUGAAGAAUUCAAGAGAGGAUAAAUAUCUCCAGCAGAUUGCCAAAACCCCUACAGCUUACUUGCCUACCAAAUGCCAGUAGCGGUCAGUCCCCGGCCGUGCGUGUGCGGGGCAGGGCGGAUGAGUUGCCCGUUGCCAGCCCUCGGAAGCACUCGCCGCUGCUUCAGUUCUGCUGUUCUCCUCACGACUCCGGAGCCUGGCCACGGCCGGCGAAAGAACCAGCUUCAUCUUGGGCUGGGCUCGCUUUGUUUCAGCCAGAGACGGGAUUUGGCGACACAAAGAUUCAGCACUGGCUCAUCAUCCUCUGGAACAAGGGGAGAAUCUGGGUUUGGUAACUGGGAAUAAUUUUUACAAUAAAGAUCCGUUAAGAGAAACAAAACUUUUUUAGGUUUUAGGUUCUUCAUCUGCUAUUCCUGGUGGAAGCCGGCGGCUCCGAUGGACGCAUCCCCGUAGCUCAGGCUCUGCUGUAGGGGGGUCUGCAGAGCCCGAAGCAAAGUCCUCGCUCUUUGAUUUAAGGGAGGCUGGCGUGACCCCCCCCAGGCGCUGCCCCAGCCCCUUUCCCGGGCAGUUUGUGCUUGGCUUUGCUGCACCUGGGUGAGAGCAGCCCCAGCCACAGCGCGUCCCCCACCGCUGCAGCCGGCAUCCCCCUGAAACCCCCCCUGAAACCCUGGCACCUACUCAACAGCACCCCGGGACCCUGUCCCAGCCCUCCCGAGCAUCCCUGCGCCACCGAGCUGGGGCUGCCACAGGGUCCACAGGCACCCGAGCCGGGCGGCCGCGCUACGGAGGGCGAGCAACAUGCUCCUCGUGGUGGAAUUUUUUUCCCUGGCAAAGGCAAGUAUUUUAUUCUCACAUGUACAAAUUAAUGCAUCCAUUCCCCUCGUCACAAAAUGUAAAAAAAAAAACUAACGCCGGCUAAUAGCUUUGUGCUUCAUUCAGCCUGAGCCGUGGGGAAAACAUACCAGACACGCCGCCUCCAAACAAUAACAGCUUUUUUCUGAGCGUCCUGGGAGGAAGCGAUCUGGGAAAUUAGGGGGAUUUGAAAGGAGCCUGAGGAGCUGGAGAGAGAAAAUCCAAUUUCAUAGUUAGCUCACAGAGGACAUCCAAAGGCAGCCAAGAUGCCAGAGACCGAUGGCCCAAGGUAAACUCGGCUGGUUUAGACUAACUGAAUUGCUGCCUGUUUAUUUUCUUUGCCUCGUGUGGGCUGGCUGCUGCCAGGGGCCGGUUUAUACUGAGGGGCCGGUUUAUACUGAGCUUUACGUGGCACUAAUUCCAGUUCAAACGGAACGGUUCACUUGAUUAAAAUUGCUAAGCGUUUGUAAAAGAGAAGCCGGGUCCUCCUCUCUCCAUCCGCUCCCAGCGUUAGGAACAUCAGCAGAGGUGUCCCGAUUUACACCCUCUUGCCCUGGGGUGUAAAUCGGUGUAGGAACUGACGCUCCUCUGCGUCAGUUUGUGCCUUUGUGAGCUCAGCCGCACUCACACCAGGAACGGCUCA